AUGGACCAGUUGCGGCGUCUCGCUCUUAGCCUCUCGGACCCGAAUUUGUGGGAGUCGCGGGGGGCGCGGCUGGAAUUGACUCGCUUCUUGGCACCCGAAAAUCUUCGCAACGUGUGGCUUCACGGCGAGCAGGAUACGGCGGAGACGCUCCUCCGCGAGGCAGAGACGGUUGGGAGCCCCGAAGUUUACGCUGCUCUCGGCGAUGCCUUUAAGCGGCUCUUUGACGCGGGUGCCGGCGGAGCAGCUGCGGAGGAGUUCAUCCGCUUGGACACCUCGCACAUCGUCACACGUUUUCUUGUGAACGGCAUGGCACACGAGGAUCUCUACAGGGCGGCAAGUGUGCGACCGGCACUGAUGCGUCUGAUGGCUCUGCUGCCGCCCGAGCUGGCGCCGCCUGUGGGGGAAUUGUUGUCAGCCGCCCUACAGAACGAGCGGGUGCUGCGCUUGUUUGACGAGAAUAGCCCUGAAUCCCCAGAGAAUGAAAUGGUGUGUCAAUUCCUGCUCCACUACACGGUGUUGAUUUCAUUCAUAACUUCAACGACGACAGCCGCGUUUGAGCACGACCCGCUUCUUGUAGCCAACUACCUAAUGAUUAGUUGUAUCAUUUCUAGGCACGUGGCGAUACCGCCGGAGUUGCUUGAAAAAAUUGAGCGGGCGCUCGCGGACUACGAGGAUGUGUUUGUGUUUUGCUCCGUUUGCCGCGCGUGUGCCACGUCUCUCCAACAUCAUGAACUCAACGCCGCAAGGUACGCGUCUUCAUGGGGAGUGAAGGCUGCCCGUCCCUUGUCGCAGUGUGACGAUGCCACUCGAGCUGCCAUCUAUGGCGUGCUUGGCGCCGCAAGCACUACUGCUGCCGGAUGGCGCAGUGUCUAUCCGUGUGUGCGCAUAGAGGAGGAGAUUGUGCGCGCGUUGGGCGUCGCCGCGCUCCGACCCGGGGCCUUAGGCUUAAUGGAUGUACUUGUACAAUCUCCACAUGUCCCAGACUUAUUUUUCAGCUCCUCGCUCUUGCAGACUGCAUGGCGGUUGCACGGAGACACCGAUGAUGUUACUCGAGAGAACUUGUGGCGUUUUAUUAGCGAUGGCUUGACGCGAGACAGCAUUGUGCUGUCGUUGGCAUCACCGUGCGCCGCAUUUUUGUGUUCUCUGACGCAUGAAGGCAGCGUGACUGUGCGUGAGCUGCAGCUGCGGGUUGCCACUUUCCUUGUGAGGGGGGCAGGCCUUUCGCAGGAGGUGGUGGAUGACCUAAAACAGUUUGCUUCACGGGGACUCUAUCCGCCUGCAGCUGUCGGUGUGGAGGCGAUCGCACCGCGUUGA